AUGCCAAGGCCAAAUACUUUAACUCCAAGUGUGGCCCUGCUAACCAGUUACAGACCACCUUUUGAUGAUCCCCCGCAGGCUUCGGCACCCACUCCUAUUAAACCAAAGCAUUACGCUCCUGCUCUUGACGCUCAGAGUGCCCAGAACCCCAAGAGGAAGGAUGGCUACCAGCACUCCUUCAACAAUGGGAAGCGCGGUAGACACUCUAACCAUCAUCAAUCCUGCAGCAACAACCCCCCAAAGACAAAUAAUCGUGCCUCACUCCCCUUCGAGCCUAAACCCAGGUUUGAGGUGUUCACCACACUGAACACCACUUAUGAAAAUGUUUUGGUCAAUAAGGCACCUAUUAUACCAAUACCCAUUCCCCGGAGACCUACCAACAAGCCUAUGCCGAACACCAGUGUCUUAUGCCGUUUUCACCAAUGUUUUGAAAGGCGAGGCUCUAGGGUGAGGCGUUUUAUGCCAUAUGAGGCGAGGCGUAAGCCUUUCGGGUAUUAG